AUGCAACCCCUCACGAGCACAAUAUGUGCACUCUUUUGCCUCCUGCUUACUCUCCCCCUUACCUUCGGCUCUCCGUUCGAGCUUGAGCCUCGGAGAAAUAAGUUGAAGAUAGGCACCAGAAUAAAACAGCGACGACCUACAUAUGCCAUUGCCCACAUGGUCCUUGACAAGACUGGAGUCAAGGAUGCCAUAAAACACGGCGCCAAUGCGCUCGAGAUUGAUGUUGCGGCGUAUAGGGAGGGUUGGUGGGCCGACCAUGAUAUGAAGGCAAAGAGUAAGGGAUGGUCCGUGGAGAGUCUGUUCCAGGUAAUCGCCAAAGAGAACAAACAUAUCGCAUUUGUUUGGCUCGAUCUCAAGACUCCAGAUAUGUGCACAGGCAAAAAGUGCAAUAAGAAAUCGUUGCAACAGCUGACGCGAAAAUAUCUGAAGCCUGCUGGUGUACGAGUCCUCUUCGGGUUUUAUAAAAAGCAUCACGCCAGGUCUGCCGCUUUCGACUACAUCCAGAAGAGUCUGGGCGAUGGUGAGGCGGUUUGUCUCAGCGGCGAGGCAAACAAAGUGAUGGAGAUCUUUAAGAAGGAAGGCUCUAAGAUUAAACCUCAGCGGCGAGUCAUGGACUAUGGACGGACGGAACUCCCAAACGGGUUCGGAGAUUGCAACGAGAAAGGAGGGAAGACUUGUGCCGAGUUGAAGAAUGGAGCCAAGUUGCGACAAAGGGGGGAUCUCCAGAGAGUCUUUGCCUGGACUAGCCAUGUCGGAGAGGGGAAGUAUGUGAAUAAGCUGUUGGACAAAGCGUCCGUUGAUGGCAUCAUUUAUGGAUUCGCCAAAACGAGGUAUUAUCAUCACAAGGAUACUGAGAAAUCUUCGAAGGAUAUCAUUGACCGUGUCAAGAAGAGCAAGUCUCGAUACAUGGCCACCGGCGCUGACAAGCUUUGGUAG